AUGAGAUCCGCCUUGCUCCCUCCCACGAAGGCCAUGGAUAUGAUCCUCAACCCCCAAAAGGUCGACGUUGCCUACCAAAAAUUCGUGAAACCUCCUGUUGGGCCCGGCCAGCCUGCGUGGCUUUCGUCGCGGCGUGACCUUAGAGGCAUGGGGUUUCCACUUCGAUCUCAGUGA